GAAAGUCAAUGUCCUUUCUCGCUGUUUUUGUUAGGGGAGGUUAUUGCGGAAGAUUUUAGAGAGAGAGCGAGAGAGAGAGAGAGAGAGAGUCAAUAUGAGAGAGAAGGAGCGGGUUAUCGGCAUUGCUUUGUUCUACGAUUACUUUCAACUCAAGGAGAUGAGCAUUCGAUGUGAAAGUUUCCACCUUUGCUUUUUCAGUUUCUGUUUCAGUCUCAGAUAUGAUUCACUUCUUGAUUCUUGAUUCUCUUUAAUUUCUCUUCUGCAUUUUGUUUUGUUUUUCUUUGGAAGGAUCAGUGGGUCUCGUGUAAAUCUUUUGGAUCUUGGUUUUGAGCUGAUCUUAGGGUUUCAUUCUCUCUUUUCUUGGCUUCCUUCAAUUUGUUUAAGCUCUCGUACUUUCUCUUGAAGUGGAGUUUUGACUUUCUCCAACUUUAUCUUUGUUUUGGCUUCUUUAUUUCCAUUUUUUUAAGUCUUAAUCCCCUUGGUCUCGCAUGUAAUCAGAUUGGAGCCACAUAUUUGCUGAUAGCUUUCAUAUUCUCUUAUGAUUGCAUUUUUGUCUCUGGGUAAAAAAGAGAAGUUUCUAAAUUAGGGUUUUCUUGAUCUGACUCAAGGCCUUCGCUUUGGGGUUUUAGAACUGUACCUACUUUGGGGAUAGGUCGUUUCUUUUUCUGGGUGUGGUGCGUUUCUUCUUUCGGGGCUCGUUGUCUCGAGUAGGGUCACGCUUUCAUGCAUCUGUCACUGUGGAAACCCAUAUCUCAUUGUGCUGCUCUGAUCUUGGAUAAGAAGAGCAGGAAGAGAGAUGGGUCGGAUUCGACAAUCGAAGUCAAGAACCCAUCAAUUCUCCGCAAACUGCAGGAGAAUAAACUGAGGGAAGCUCUUGAAGAAGCAUCAGAAGAUGGGUCUCUUUCCAAGUCCCAGGACAUGGAAUCCGAGCCGCUUGGCAACCAAGAUGAGAGCCUGGGGAGGUCAAGAUCGCUCGCCAGGCUCCAUGCCCAGAAGGAAUUCCUGCGUGCCACUGCUUUAGCUGCAGAGCGCACAUUCGAGACAGAAGAUUCCAUACCUGAUCUCCGCGAUGCCUUCAACAAGUUCAUCACUAUGUAUCCCAAAUAUCAGUCUUCUGAGAAGAUUGAUCAGUUGAGGUCUGAUGAGUAUGCUCAUUUGUCGCCAAAGGUAUGCCUUGAUUACUGUGGAUUUGGGCUAUUUUCUUAUGUCCAAACACUGCAUUAUUGGGAGUCCUCCACAUUUAGCCUGUCUGAGAUAACUGCUAAUCUGAGUAAUCAUGCCCUUUAUGGUGGUGCUGAGAAAGGCACUGUGGAACAUGAUAUAAAGGCCAGGAUAAUGGAUUAUCUGAACAUACCUGAGAAUGAAUAUGGCCUUGUGUUUACUGUGAGUAGAGGGUCUGCCUUCAAAUUGCUGGCCGAAUCUUAUCCUUUCCACACCAAUAAGAAAUUGUUGACGAUGUUUGAUCACGAGAGUCAGUCUGUGAAUUGGAUGGCUCAGAGUGCUAAAGAGAAGGGUGCAAAAGUUUAUAGUGCUUGGUUUAAGUGGCCUACCCUUAAACUUUGCUCUACAGAUCUGAGAAAGCAAAUUUCAAACAAGAAGAGGCGGAAGAAGGAUUCUGCUACUGGGUUAUUUGUGUUCCCUGUGCAAUCUAGAGUGACUGGGGCUAAGUAUUCAUAUCAAUGGAUGGCCCUUGCACAGCAGAAUAAUUGGCAUGUCCUGCUUGAUGCCGGAUCAUUGGGUCCCAAAGAUAUGGAUUCACUUGGGUUGUCCUUAUUCCGGCCAGAUUUCAUUAUAACUUCAUUUUAUAGAGUAUUUGGCUAUGACCCAACUGGCUUUGGCUGCCUCCUUAUCAAGAAAUCAGUCAUGGGAAGCCUUCAGAAUCAGAACGGGAAAACAGGUACUGGAAUGGUGAAGAUUACCCCAGAAUAUCCUAUGUAUCUCAGUGAUUCUGUAGAUGGUCUGGACAGAUUGGCUGGUAUUGAAGAUGACAACGAUGCUGUAAAUGGUGAUAAAGCCUCUGAAAUUCGCCCAGGGUCGCAAUUGCCUGCUUUCUCUGGUGCUUUCACAUCUGCUCAGGUGAGGGAUGUAUUUGAGACAGAAAUGGAUCAAGAAAAUUGCUAUGACAGAGAUGGAACAAGCACCAUUUUUGAAGAAACUGAGAGUAUUUCAGUUGGGGAAGUGAUGAAAAGCCCAGUCUUUAGUGAAGAUGAAUCGUCAGAUAACUCAUUCGGGAUUGAUAUGGGUCAGAGUCCGCUGGGAUCUGAUAGUGUGAACCAAUUAAACAAACAAAGAACUGCCUCUCCACUUCCACCCUUCUGGUUUAGCAGCCAGAAGAACCAUAAACGAGUCUCACCAAAACCAACAGCAAAGAUAUAUGGCAGUCCAUUAUAUGAUGACAAAGAGGUAAACCUAGGGCCAAACGAUGACCAUCAUGUUUUAUCGUUUGAUGCUGCUGUUCUAUCGGUAUCCCAAGAAUUGGACCGUGUCAAGGAGGUUACAGGAGAAGAAAAAUUGGUGGGAACAAACGGAGAUGUACGAAACAAGGAUGCAGAUUAUUCACAUAUUCCGGAGAUUGAGGAAGAACCUGGGACUAGCAAACCACCUCCUGAUGGUUCAACCUCUGAAAUUUUCCCAGAAGUUAAAGAGAGUGCUAUAAGAAGAGAAACGGAAGGUGAGUUUAGGCUGUUGGGAAGAAGGGAAGGAAACAGGUAUGCCGGUGGUAGAUUUUUCGGAUUGGAAGAUGAACAUCCCAGCAGGGGAAGAAGGGUGUCCUUUAGCAUGGAAGAGAGCCGCAAGGAACGCGUGAGCCAUACCAUAGAAGCUGGAGAAAUAUCAGCAACCAGCCUUGAUGAUGAAGAGUACAGCAGCGAUGGAGAGUAUGUUGAUGGACAAGAUUGGGACAGGAGAGAACCUGAGAUUAUCUGUCGGCAUCUUGAUCAUGUGAAUAUGUUGGGUCUCAAUAAAACUACCAUCAGACUCCGGUUUUUAAUUAAUUGGCUUGUGACCUCAUUGCUGCAACUUAGAAUACCUGGUUCAAACGUAGAUAGCAAGGUGCAUCUUGUUCAGAUCUAUGGUCCAAAGAUAAAAUAUGAAAGAGGGGCAGCCAUAGCAUUCAAUGUGAGAGACAGAAACAGGGUUCUGAUCAAUCCCGAAGUGGUCCAAAAGCUGGCUGAAAGAGAAGGUAUAUCUCUUGGCAUUGGUUUUCUCAGUCACAUACGGAUUUUGGACAGCCCAAGACUUCAGCAUGGUGCUCUGAGCCCCGAGGAUGCUACACUGUGCAGACCAAUGGAAAAUGGGCGACAUAAUGGGAAAAGUGUAUUUGUUCGAAUGGAGGUUGUCACAGCUUCACUUGGCUUCCUCACUAAUUUUGAGGAUGUUUAUAAGUUGUGGGCAUUCAUCGCAAAGUUCCUUAACCCAUCUUUCAUAAAGGAGGGUGCACUUCCAACUGUUGAGGAAGAAGAGUCAGAGACAUAGUUUUCAAAAAUAAAAAAGUGUAUUCAAUAUUUUGUUCCAGUUUGACAAGGGUUGGGUUACAUUUUGCUUGGUGGUAGAUCAUUGAGGGUAGAAUCCGGGAGUCCGAGUGGAAGAUAGGAGACUCCAGCAGGACUAAGAGAUAGAUCCUAAUGACUAUGUGGUACGAGUCUCUAGCUCUUCUUCUUCCAGACUCUUGGAUGCAAACAGGUCAAUUUGUUUAUCAUGUUUGCUGCUUGAUUUUUUUCCCCUCCUUCCUUUUCUCCCCCAUAUUUGCAUCUUGUAGAGUUGGCUUUAGAAGUAUGUAUCAUCUUGAGAAAAUCUGGUGUCCACCAAGCAGGAUUUCAUAGGCAAAAUUUCUCCACUUGACACCAGAUUUCUUUGUUCAAUCCAAUAUUGAAUAUGGUGAUUCUGUAAAAAGAGAAAAGAUCAACUUUCAAUGUCAAGUUUUCAAAAUUGAAGGGUAGCAUGUCCAGCUAUGGAUUUUGCUGGUGUCUUCUAUGUAUUAGGAAUUUUUUUCACCCCCUUUUACCUUACUCUGGCUUGCAAAUGAACAGGGGAGAGAGCUUUGUGGAUUUCUCUUGUAUUUGGUUCAAGAUUCUCUCCCUAGAGAGCUUCUUACGUAUUAAAAAUUGUUUUAUUUUUCUCUGAAGACGUAAUAUAUAUCCUACAUGUA